UUGAUGACACGGAUGGCUUUCCAAAACCUUUACUACCCUCGAGGCGGUGGCGUGGUGCAUCCUCGAGCAAGCAGCGUUUCCGGGCUUGGAACCACACGCAGAGGAAAAUCUCUACAUGCUUUGUUUACCGUCGCUUCGUUUCUCUCGCUCAUACUUGCAAACGAAGCCCGGAGGAUUCCGACCACCUCUAACAAGGAAGGUUUCUACAUUAGCUGAAAAGGAGGCUGCUAUCUCACCACUCCAUUCCGUCUUCCCUUUAGCUUCCCCGCUUCCAGUUUUCACCUAUCCGAGCUCUCAGAAACUAGAAAUUGUACACAUAUUAUUUUAAUCGGGGAGGACAGGGCCUUUCAGAAUGAGGACGAUAGUUGCGCGCUUGAUCCAAUCGCAUUCGCUGCCAUCUAGAUUAAGUCUUAGCACUCUCUAAUUGAUCAAUAAAGUUGCUUUGGAGAAGUCAGUUUUGUUGAUGAACAUUACUUCUAUACAAAGUUCAGAAGGUCUAUUGAGAAAUGGGAGGCUGCUAUCCACAGGCUCAAAUAAAGUUGAAGAAACGUUUAAAGUUGAGGAAGCAGAAACAGUAAAACCUGAGGCACCUGGACCGGAGAAGGUUCUUGUUUUGGGUGGAAAUGGAUUUGUUGGCUCUCAUGUUUGCAAAGCGGCUCUGCAGCAAGGUUUAUCUGUUUCAAGUUUUAGCAGAUCUGGACGGUCAUCCAUUCAGGAAUCUUGGGCUGAUAGUGUUGUCUGGCACCAAGGAAGCCUUCUUGUUCAAGAUUCACUAAAACAUGCCAUGAAUGAUGUCAGCGCUGUGGUAUCUUGUGUUGGUGGUUUUGGAUCAUAUUCUCAUAUGUACAAGAUUAAUGGGACUGCAAACAUUAAUGCUAUCAGAACUGCCGCAGAGCAAGGUGUCAAAAGAUUCGUGUAUAUAUCAGCUGCUGAUUUCGGUUUGGUAAAUUAUUUAUUGCGGGGCUAUUACGAUGGGAAGAGAGCUGCCGAAGCGGAACUAUUAUCAAAAUUUACAUAUGGAGGUGUGAUUCUCAGACCUGGAUUCAUAUAUGGGACUCGCCAAGUUGGGGGCAUGAAGAUACCCUUAGGCGUUAUUGGCUCCCCACUUGAAAUGAUCCUCCAACAUGCUAAGCCACUAAAUAAGGUUCCAGUUUUUGGUCCUCUCCUCACUCCACCAGUAAGUGCAACAGCUGUAGCAAAAGUUGCCGUAAGGGCUGCAACAGACCAGGUUUUCCCUCCAGGCAUUGUUGAUGUCUAUGGCAUUCUUCGUUUCAGUGAGCAGAAGUGAUGCUUUUUUAAAAUCAUGGCAGUGAGAAUGGAUAUGGAACUGAUUAUAUGAACAUAGUAUGUGUUCUUUUUGUCUGAAUGAUCAAUCAAUAAUUGCUGAUGAGCUCUUAAUUUGAGCUUCUUUCUGCUCAGAUGAAGUUAAUUUUAUUUUCAAGUUCUUUGAGGACAUUUAUCUCAUUACAUUGGUUCGGCUAUAUGAAUCCUAUUUCUCCAUUGUGUUCUGUUAGGAGUCAAAUUCUCAUGUAAAUCUAAUAAAAAAGACUAUUUGUAAUAUUUUCUAAUCAA